AUGUCGACCAACUACGGCCAAGUGUAUCGGCCUCUGGGCAGCGAAGACUUGCAUGAAGUCAAAUACAUUGCAGUCCAGGUGGCUGUCAACCUUCUUCUUUAUGGUGAGUAUGGGAUAUUCCUCGACCCUUCAGUUAUCCCACGUUGGCGCUAUAGGCGUCGACACGGACGAUCGCGCUUCACGCUGGUGGCCAUAAUCGGGUUGCUCCUAUGCUCUACGAUAUACGCCGUCGCCAAUACGGUAUAUUUCCUAGUUCAGUUUCCGGUAGUCGUUGGCACAUCUGAGCGCUCCAUCGAUGUGUUGCUGUAUCGUUUGGACGUCCUGCUCUGUGUAUCCGUAGAUUUCAGCUAUGCUCUAAGCGACGCUGUGCUCGUAUGGCGAGCCUGGUGCUUAUGGCCGGAUUGGUUUCUUGCCAAAUGUAUAUUAUCACUGUGCCUGUGUGGAACCGUAGCUGGGGGCAUUGUGGAGUCGACAUGGACUUAUUGGCCGUCUCUGUAUUAUACAGGCAUCAGGGAGAGCAUCGGCCAGUACCUGACCUGGUUUAUCCCGCUUCUGACGACCAAUAUCGUCGCGACGGUCCUCAUUGGCAAAAAGUUCUUACAUCACCACCGAGAGAUACAGGGCUCGCUUGGCUUCUUUAAGCGGAAGUCGCAAGCGGAGGCGGUCCUAAUGCUGCUCCUCGAAUCAGGCCUUGCAUACAUCCUUUUCUUGGCUGUCGAGUGCAUCAUGGUCUUCGCUGCCAAUAAAGACGAAUACUCUGGCGCCAUCAUCUUCACCACCAUUGCUCACCACAUUGCCGGAAUAUACCCAACAUGCGUCCUGUUCGCCGCCAUGGGAGGCACAACGGACUCCUUGCUCAGUGCUCAGGUGUCGCAAGCCAUGCGCUUUGCCGACCCGCCUGCAGCACACGAAGGAGCGCGCGAAGCGGACACGACAACAUCCUUCCAGCCCGAGGAUGCCAACGUCGCACUCGACGGCGUGUCUCAGGGCUCGCACGCGGACGGUGUCCCUGGCCCGUCUGGCACCCGUAGCGACGAUUCCCGCUUUGCAUCGAGCGAGGGCAUCAUCGAAGUCGAAAGGGAGACGACCGCCAUCCCUCUCAACGUCGACGGACGCGAAAGACGGCGCAGGAGGAAAAUACGGGUUCUCCAGAAGGAGAAGGGAGGAAAAAAUUUGCCACGCUGGCGCCGGAGCGACAGCGAGGGCGAGGUCACCGAGGUGACCUGGCUAGCCACCAAGCACCGAAGUGUCCAGCUAGAGGGCGAAGCUCGCGCGAAGGGCUCUGGAAAGAAGACCAUCAGCACACGACCUGCUGGGGGAGAACAUACCGGAGUCGACUUCGAGGGGCGGUGA